AUGUUUCAAAUCUCAUCCAUCGGCCUCCUGCUUGGCCUAGUUGCGAGUCAGAUCAUCUCCGCUCAGGCGCAGUCUCUCCCGAAGCAACUCGCUGUAGUCCGUCGCCGCUCUGGUCUCACGCACAAAGAGUAUUUGUACUACCAUACACUAGUUCACGGGCAGAAGUCAUGGAACGCACCUCGAGACGAUUCCUUUCCCGCAGCCUACAUCCAAAGCCAUGUCUUUGACGGAGUCUUCGGUGCAAAUAACAGCGUAGCGAACCAAGUCUACGUCGGCCGCGACGAUAUUGCCGAGCUAUACAGUAGCUCCCCGACGUCCUUCUUGGGCCCACCCUCCACGAAUUACACCGAGACGGUGAUCGGUCCUGAUGGAGCCAACUUCAACGACUUCCCAGUUGCCAUGUCGAUGAUCGCGACGGAGACUUUCCUGACCAAUAUCACUGCGGGUGCCCCGAAAACUCCGGCGAAACCCGGCAACGAGCCUCCGGUUGCCUUCUUCUGGGCCAUAGCUACGCAGAACGCUACAUCGAACGAGACGUUUGCAAGGAACCUGGCGGAUGCCCUGAUCAAACCUUUACCCGCCGGAACGAUUUACAACGCCAGUAUCCACGUCCCUAUUCCAGGCGCCGAUGUCAGGCCUUACUUUGGUGGAGCGGACAUGCCGAUCAUCAAUACUGUCAUCAAAUUGUGGCUCAAUGACAGUGGGUCAGCCAUCACGCAGCUUCGGGCAUCGCAAACAAAACUGGAUAGCGCGGCACUCAACCUGGAUGAGAAUCUAUCGUACAUGCUCUUUUCCAAAGAGGUAACGAUUUGGGACACCAAAGCCGGUAUCGAGUUUGAUAUCCCGCGCCUCGAGGCUGUUUUGAAGGCCGAGAAUUAUUGA